AUGGCCCCGCAGGGAGGAGCCCCCCGGCUGGUGCUGCUGUUCAGCGGGAAGAGGAAAUCCGGGAAGGACUUCGUGACCGAGGCGCUGCAGAGCAGACUCGGAGCGGACGUCUGCGCUGUCCUGCGGCUCUCCGGCCCUCUCAAGGAGCAGUAUGCCCAGGAGCACGGCCUGAACUUCCAGAGGCUCCUGGACGCCAGCGCCUACAAGGAGUCCUACCGGCGGGACAUGAUCCUCUGGGGCGAGGCGCGGCGCCAGGCGGACCCCGGCUUCUUCUGCAGGAAGGUGGUGGAGGGCGUGGCCCAGCCGGUCUGGCUGGUGAGUGACACGCGGCGGGUGUCCGACAUCCAGUGGUUCCGGGAGGCCUACGGGGCGGCGGCGCAGACCGUCCGCGUGGUGGCCUCUGAGCAGACCCGGCAGCGACGGGGCUGGGCGUUCACGCCAGGAGUGGACGACGGGGAGUCUGAGUGUGGCCUGGACGCCUUUGGGGCCUUCGACUGGGUCAUCGAGAACGACGGAGACGGGCAGCGCCUGGAGGAGCAGCUGGAGACCCUGCUGGGAUUCGCCCGCUCCAGGCUUUAG